AUGCCGGCCACGUCACAGCCAGGUGACCACUCCUACGGUUCACAGGCAAGCCAAUACUCAUAUUCUGGUACUUCAGGCCCCCUGGAGGCCAUCUUCACUGUUACGUCAACCCCGACAGCUACCAGCCCAGCCGUAUACGGCCAUGUCUUUUUCGAGGAGACAAUCCCUCCCCAACGCGAAGAUCCCUACACACCCAUAUCGAAAUAUUCCGACCGUCCUGUCGCCUCGGCUCCCUCUCCUCCAUAUGAUGAGUCGUCUCGGCAAACCACCUUCUCCGUCCCCGUCACUGACAACUCAUAUGUUGCGGACUAUGUGGCCCCCAUUCUAGAAGCUCCGAAGAGUGUCGAUGCCCCUGAACAAUGGCAUGGUUGGCAGGCCACACCAGCCAGCCAGCCGUCGCAUGUUUACUACAAUCAAUGUGCCUCGCCGGCAGCUUCCCCAUUUCCCAUCACUCCUCAACAAGAACCAUCGUCGAAAUUACCACUCUCGACAGUGGAGCCGAUAAAGAAGAAGAAGAAGCGUCGAGAUCCGGACCCAAAUGGGAUAAAUCCACCAGACGCUCCCCACCCUCGUCCCUCCCAGCGACCCAAAGAGAUUCCCAGAGCUCGAGGAGGCUCUACCUACUUCAAGGACGAGGCAGCUCGCCAGCGAGCCUUGGAGCGGAAUCGCCAGGCUGCCAACCGCUGCAGACAUCGUCAACGUGACCAAGCUACAGCCUUGGCAAGUCUCGAAUAUGAGGUCGAGGACCAUCACAAGUAUUUAUCCGGAUACCUCCAAUCCCUAAACAACGAGGUGUUGAAUCUCAAGUCAGAGUUGCUCCGCCAUACAAACUGCAACUGCACUCUUAUCCAGACGUACCUCGGCUAUGAGGCAAUAGCAUCCGUCAACAACAGGGUUGGGGCUUUUCCGAGCUAUGGUACCAGCGCCGCCAGCAGCACGGUCGAGAGCCUGGGCCUUCUGAGCUCGGGAACCAACAACGGCCCGAGCCAUUGGGCAAACCCGCACCAACCACAGCCAACGCUCUUCGCAUCGGCAGAUCAUUUACAUUCCGCAGAUCUUGUGACAGUUUCUGAUGUGAUUGGUUCAAUAGAGCCAACCGCGCCAAACACAACCCAAUUACCACCUCAAAAUGUUUUCACCGCGGACAACAGUCUCUACACCACGCCUGGGGUUCAUCAGCAAUCUCCUUACAACGACGGGUUGUGGGGGCCUCAAUAA